CCUCUUUUUCUUUUUUCCCACUUCUGUAGUUUUCUUUUUUUCUUCUUUUUUUUACACCUUCUUGAAAGAUGACAACGGAUGAAGCUGGCAACGGCAACAAGCCCACUGAGCGCACCGGGUUGCUAAGCGGUAAUGGUAACGGUAGCAACAACAACAACAACAACAGCACUGGAAACUAUUCAUCAGGCGCGUCCCCUGCCUUGGUGGCUGUUGUUGACAUUCCCCAAGCUACCUCGGAAGGUGCACCCGUGGUCCCGGCCUACUUGUUGACCAAGACUGUCCGCAAAGUGAUUAAGCAGCACUACAAGGCUGAGGCAUACAUCAAGAUCCAGCAAGAACAGCAGAUCCGCAUCCAACAGCAGCGACAGCAACAGCAAGUAGAACACCGGCCUUCUGUUGUGCUCAAAAAGAAGAGACCAGGUGCUGUACGCCGUGGCAGCAACACGAGCAGUAGCUCGUCCAGUGAUAGCGACUCCAGUAGCUCUUCAUCGAGUGACGGCGAAACAAGCAAGAGCACCAAAAGUCUCAGGAAACGUGAUAUCAUCAAGAAUGCAUUGAGGUCGGCCACUGAUCAGUGGAAGGAUGAGCAUGGAUGGUCAGGCUCUACUUCCUCGUUGAUUCGUCAGCAUACCUUCCAUGGAUCCUCUUCUUCAUCUUCUGCUCUUCCGACUGUUCCUACCACGGAACACCACAAAAAACAAAAAGAGCAAGAGACAGAGGAUGGUGAUGAAGAAGCACAAGUACCCACUCCGUCUGCCGAGACACAACAGCCGUUGCCUCCGUUGCCUGUCAACCCGGCACAGCGUUUGACGUUACCGCCCAUCGAGCAUGAUGUCUGGCAAGUGGCAAAACAUGCGUCCGUGUGCGCUCUGUUAGCAAUGACCAAAAGAGACAACACGGAAAAGCUGGCGUUGACCACCCUCGAGUAUGGCAUGAAGGAAUCGUCGGCUACCCCUCUUGUGCUCCGAGAAUUACUCCUCCGGCCCUGGCUUGAUAACCGUUCGGCGCUGGAAUGGGCGGUUGUCAAUGACUGUCAAGUCUUUUUGUCGAAUGCGCGCGUACAGUCCGUGGUUGCGGAUGCAUGGAAAUUCUAUGGCCCGACCGACUGGCAAGACGUGCCCGAUCAUCCGUUCGCCGUCUGGAAUUGUUUCAGCUCGAACCCCUUGGUUGACUACCUCGCACGCUGGGCUGCUCCACGCUACCAAGCCUUGGUCGGCCUUGUCUGUGGACUCGUUUACCUGGGCCUGCACUUUUCAACAGUGGCCAACAGGGACUAUACCAACUACCAUCCAUAUGAUUUCGAAUACGCUUAUUACUUUUUUGUCGUUUCCGAUCUGGUUCUGGAGCUGUACAAGCUUCUGUUGCAACCGGUCCAGGCUGUCAAACGCCCAUCGACCUAUCUCUCUUUGGUCACCGCCGGCUUCUUGUUUACUUCGUUCGUGCUACGCCUGGUCGCAUUGUGUGGAAGCUGCAGUCUGGGCAAGAAGCAAGCGUUGCUAAUUGCAUCCUACAACUUUAUCGUCUGGGCCACUCCCCUGAUGGUGUUCCGCGUUGUUCUAUGGACUGACAAUCUGUGCUGGCAAGUGGCCAAGGCACGUCAUCUGGUGAGCCAAUGCAUUGUGGAUGCACUCUGGGUGGUGUGUUUGGGCGUCGUGACCAUCCUUGCCUUUUGGGUCGGUCUUGCAGCUUUGCAGCAUGAAGAUGUAGAUUGUCUGACCAUGCUGCGUCACUUGGCACUCGGUGCUCUUCACUCUCCCGAAAUCAAUGCUACACUAUACUACCAGCCCCUUGCAGCUGGCGUGAUGCUGUUUGUCUAUCUGUUUUUGAUCACUGUGGUGAUCGGCACGUUGCUGACCGCGUCCUUCUUGACCACCAUGCUGACUGUCUACCCACGCAUCGAGAGCGUGCGUCGCUUGUUCUUUGCAAGUCGAUGUGCCAAAAAGCCUGUUCUCGGCGUGUUUAGUACCAAUGUGGUGUUCGAGUUGAUCGUCGGAUUCUUUGUACUCUUCGCGGUGUAUCUUUUGAAGGCUAAAAAGGAUUCGGCCAGUCUCCAAUGGGUUGAGCGACUUCGUCAGAUCCUGUGGUUCACUGUCUUUUCGCCCCUCGUCUUGGUAGUUGGCAUCGUUGAAGGCGUCUACUACCUCGCCGUUCUUGGUCGACAUCGGCUUCAAGGUUACCAUAUCUUGAGAUAAGAGGGCUCGGUAAAGACAUACUCCUUCAUGCAAGUGUAUGCAGUAUCAACUUAUAUCUUCUUACUUCGUGCCACACUUUCCCCAGUACAUAUAUCCCUCAAAAAAGUCAAAUAAAAAAGUUUGUAGUGUCUCUGAUUAUCU